GCCACUUGCCGCAUCCGCAAGAUCUCCCUGGUGCAGCUUGGGUGCAGGUCUCUGCGGGAGCCACCCUAGACCUCUGCAGCUUCUUCUGUAACAUGGCUGACUCGGAAAACCAGGGGCCUGCGGAGCCAAGCCAGGCGGCGGCGGCGGCAGCAGCGGCGGCAGCAGCAGAGGCGGCCGCGGCGGCGGAGGAGGUAAUGGCGGAAGGCGGUGCGCAGGGGGGAGACUCUGACAGCGCGGCUGGUGACUCCGACAGCGCAGCUGGUCAGACGGCCGAGGAGCCCCAGACCCCUGCAGAGAAUGCACCAAAGCCUAAAAAUGACUUUAUCGAGAGCCUGCCUAAUUCGGUGAAAUGCCGAGUCCUGGCCCUCAAAAAGCUGCAGAAGCGAUGCGAUAAGAUUGAAGCCAAAUUUGAUAAGGAAUUUCAGGCUCUGGAAAAAAAGUAUAACGACAUCUAUAAGCCCCUACUUGCCAAGAUCCAGGAGCUCACCGGUGAGAUGGAGGGGUGUGCAUGGACCUUAGAGGGGGAGGAGGAGGAAGACGACGAGGAAGAGUACGAGGAUGAGGAAGAGGGGGAAGAGGAGGAGGAGGAGGAGGAGGAAGCUGCGGCAGAGGCUGCUGCGGAGGCGGCGGCCGCCAAAGAUGAGGGUCCCCACUCUGCGGUGUCUGAUGACGCCAAGAAAUAAGUGGGGGCAGAGAUUGAAGAGGAGAAUGACGACGAAAACAAAAUCCCUAUUUUUUUUUUUUUUCCAAUA